AUCCAGCCAAACCGCCAGCCCACGUUUUUGCAUUUUUGCAAAGUAACCUAUCACCGUCGUCCACCCGCACACACCUUACAUCGUCGCUCGUGCAUUGCUUCCGUCAAUCCGGACAGUGCUAGCAGAUAGCACGUACAGUACUCACGACAUCCAACGGCAGAGCGGCAGCCGUCCGACCAAUGUCUUGGGCCUCCUCAUGCAGACGACUCGUACAAACCUGGCGCGUUCAAAGACCAGCCCAGCCGAUCCUGUCCUUACGCGCACCAACUCCUCGUCCCAGGAUGUCUUGUAUUCCACCACAGUCCCGCUGUCUGAGCGCGACAGCAUCUUUGCCACGAACUACCAAGGCGACACGCCCGUAACUUCUCCCCAACAGCCUCGCAAGGAGCCGCCCCACGAGAGGACCGGUCUGAUAUCGCAGGCCCUUCAACGCCACCAAUUGCAGCAGGACUCGCAGAGGCAAGACAUUGAUCCAAACGACGACGGCCAACAACACCGCGACUUUUCGACGCGCUAUCAGGAACAAAGCUUUGAUCGCGAUCAGAGCUCUGCCGCCCACGACGGUCCAAUGUCAGCUUCGUCACUCUCGCCCAUGCGGACGAGCAUGACCGACUUGUCCAUGUUCUUCCACACACUUCCGCACACGGAUCUGAAUCGUCUCCCAUACCCACUCGCAUCCAAAUCAAACAGACACUCUCUCUACGACCCGCAACUUCUGCCCACUAUCGAACGACCCGUUACGCCCACCAACAACCCCAAUUCCCCAAAAGCCACAUCUGCCGAAGACCUCCAAUCCAGCGCUCAACGCUCCUCGUACAGAGCCUGGCGCCAAGGUCAAGGCCGCAUGGCCGGAAAAUCCAUCGCCGAAUCGCAGGGUAGGAACCUCAAUUCGGAAGAUAACGAUGUUGAUCGCAAGAUUGACGCCAAAAUGCCAAAGAUCGAGCAGAGCAUCAAUGUUCGCAGCAGAAAGACUAGCCACUACCUCGGCCUCUUCAAGGAUCAAGACUCCGAGCACGAAAAGAAGCGCGAAAAGAAAGACAAGGAAAAGCAGGAAAAACACAAGGAGGAGGAGCUGUUGCUGCAAGAGAAGGAUCAGCAAACGCUACCUGCCAUUCACGAACAUCAUGAUCAUGCUACCACCGAAAUACCCCCAUCGAUAACUCUCAACGAUAAUCUACCUGCGGAGCCAGCACCUGACGCCGAAGCACCUGACGCUGUCAGCACUCCUUUACCCGCACCCAGCACCUUCGAAGCAGAAGCCGAACAGAAGCCACUAACAACUGAUAACGCUGAAGGCCGUGUAGCCCACCAAAUCCCACCAAGCUUGCUAGAGGAGAUUCGUAAUCACCAUAUCAUUCUGGGUCCUUCAAGCAACAAGGCUCCUUCCGAAAGAGAGCCUCUUGCCGAGUCAUUCGAGAAGGAAACCGUACGUGAAGAAACCCCUCACACGUCACUCUUGACACGUCAGGCACAAUUGCUUCAGCAAGAAGUAGCAAAGGAGGCAGAGGAUGAAGAUUCAGAUCAGGAACAGAUUUCUUCUGCUCAAUACAUCCCACAUCGUGGCAAGGCUACACGUACUGCUUCAGCAUUGCCUUUGCCCACUCCGUCUACUCAAGAUGAGGAGAAAGAGGUUGUGGUCCCACAGCCCUCGGCCGAUGUUGAUGUGCAUCUACCUAUGAAGAAUUCUCUCGAGGCUGGUGUCGAUGUUCCGCAGAGUAACGUUGAAAUUGCGUUGCUGUCAGAAGACGAAAGUCAAGUAUUGCAUGGUGAAAUUCCACACUCCGACAAUCGUCAUCCCAAUGUGACCCCUGCCGUUCAACUUGCAGAGUCUGAUUAUGACACCGAGUCUUCGGCUUAUUCCCACGAUCAGGAAGAAGAAGAGACUACUCCGACACCGACACCCACUAACAAGAGUGUCUUGCACGAUCGCCCGUCGGCAAACGGCCAGGCAUCUGAAGUCCAAUCGCAACCUCCUCCACUUGGUGCAGUCGAGCUGAAGCCUUACAAUCAUCAGGUGGGCGGUCACAGCACCAUCUACAGUUUCUCUCGUCAGGCUGUUUGCAAGCAACUGAACAGUAAAGAGAACGAGUUCUACGAGACUGUGGAACAAUAUCACCCGGACUUGCUUGACUUUCUUCCCAGAUACAUCGGCGUUCUCAACGUCACUUACAAGAAGCCGAACAAGAAGAAGAAGGACAACAUCGACAAGUCCAAGUCUCCUGACAUGCAACCCCAAGACUUGAAGUCACCCAAGAAGGGUUCAGCACCACCCGAAGAAAAGAAGGAAGAUGCACCUCGCAUUGUCAGCCACUCCCAGUCACAGUCCAAUGCUGUUCCGGAAGUCAGUCUCAUCAACAACCGUCACAUACUUCCCGACUAUUUCUUGCGUAACCUGCCUCCGAGACCCGCAACAGCUAUUCCUGCUCACGUCACUCAACCGAGCCGACAAACUCGCCCCCACUCCAUCAGUGAGAUGAUGAGCGAUAGGCGCUCCUCGUACUCGCCUGAGACAAGUCCUGGCCAUAACGAUCGCCCGCCCUUGCGUCAACAAGCCAGCUGGGGUGCUACCAGUGUCAACCAAGAUUUGAAGAUGCAGGUGUUCCGUGACGUCUUUACACCUCCCGUCAUCAUCCGUCAUGAUCGACGAAGCAGGAAUCACCAUGGCAGGCACCUCCGAAAAGUUCAGCAGCGUGAAUCGAUGCCCUCGCUACCAGACGUGAACGUGGCGAACUCAGUUCAGACUACAGGCCUACAAGAGCGCCGCAACAGUGCUGAUGUUUCCGCUAUGCAGUCACCACCUUCACCUGCUGAUGCCACUCGUAGAUUGGCGAUUAAGAAUCGACGAGAGCUCAAUUCACCACACAACAGCGUACAAUCACUUGAUAACUACAUGAUAAGCCCGCGUAAAGAACAGCCUUUGAGUUGCGAAAGUAGAAGCAUGGAGAACGCAGACGCAGACAACCACUUAAUGCAGGCCUACAAGACGCCCAGACGCCGUCAUUCUGGAAGUGGCUUGCGUAGAAAGAAGGCCGACAUCGACGCUUCUCGGGGAGACCUUGAGUACCACGAGGACGAAGGUUACCGCGGUGAUGGUGAGGACGUCUUUGCAAUGGAUGAUCUUGAAGGAUCCCCUACCAAGCCAAAGGAGAACAAGUCGAUCGGUCUGCCUGACGCACUCCAGGGUGCUCCAGACUUCAAGCUCAAUCCAGUUCACAACGCUCCAACUCUGGACAAACCGAUUGAUAUGGGCGAGAUUCCACGCAACCCUGACCAAGGCACUGAAGACCCUGGACGUAUUGCUCAUUUUAUCUUACUUGAAGAUCUCACAGCUGGCAUGGUACACCCCUGUGUACUGGAUCUCAAGAUGGGCACUCGGCAAUACGGUGUCUUUGCCGAUGAUAAGAAGAAAAACUCGCAACGCCGCAAGUGCAAGACGACCACUUCUCGCGAGCUAGGCGUGCGUGUAUGCGGCAUGCAAGUCUGGAACGUCAAGACUCAAUCCAACAUCUUUGAGGACAAGUACUUCGGCCGAGAUCUUAAAGCUGGAAGUGAGUUUCAAGCCGCGCUGACGCGUUUCUUCUUCGAUGGGAUUAGCCAUGGCAGAGCACUUAAGCAUAUCCCUGUAGUCUUGCAGAAGAUAACACAGCUUGAGCACAUCAUCCGCAAACUGCCUGGAUAUCGCUUGUACGCAAGUUCACUGCUCAUGAUUUAUGAUCGCGGUGAUGUUGAUGAACAUGGCAAGCCUCGUCAACCUCCGCCUCAACAAAGCGAGACCGAGAACGGCACUAGCCUACCCAAGUCAAAGAACCAGAUUACGCUCAAGAUCGUGGACUUUGCCAACUGUGUCACAGCCGAGGAUGUCGAGACUCGGAUGACGGCACCUAGUCCUCCUCAUGAUCCCGAAGGUGUAGACAGAGGAUAUCUUCGUGGCUUACGCUCUCUACGUCUGUACUUCCAGCGUAUCUACGAGGACUUGAGUGCUGAAGAUGGUGGAUUCGUUGAAAGAGGCGAAGGUGAAGGUAUGGCUCAAUCAAAUGGUGGAGCAGGCAUCGGUGGAGGCGCAGGUCUAGACUCAGGGAGCAGCUGGGCAUGGAGUGAUGCGGUUGUUGAAGAGGACCCGGGUGAGGUCAGCAUAUAACCAGGUAAGGAUAUUAUCGCUCUCUUGCUAGUCUUCUCGCUUCGAGGAUGCUGUGUACGCGGGCGUGAGGGGAAGAGUGGACGGACAGGAAAGAGUACAUGGUGAUCUUUGUACUUGCCAUUUGGGAAAGAGGGAAACAUGCCAGGUAUGCUUACAGAAUGGCGCUUUCCAUGUCCUGGAAUAUGAGGGACGGGCAUUCUUUUUCUUUCUCCUCGUUCUUAGCAUGGCGUUCGGUUGCGUUUUGGUCUCUGCUUUUGUUUUCUGGUAUUCAAGGCGUUUUUCUUUCAUCGAAAACUUCGAGUUGCAUGUAUUAAAAUUGUAAAAUCAUUUUCGUCGUGCUAA